UCAUUAUAUAAAUAGUAACAAUCUUGAAAUUGUCAAUUUUGUUCUUUCCUUCUCUCAUUUACAAUAUUUGCUAUUUAUUGCAAUGUAAUCUUUUAUUAUUCGUUUUCUUUAGUUAAAUCAUUUCUUUUUAGCUCAUACACACAUUAUUGUUUCGAUGCUUCCUCCUCCACUACUCCGGUUCAGAAAACUAUCUUUCUCUGAGGAUACCGUUAACCCUAUAGCCAAACAACAAACCACCACCGAGAAACCAAAACGGCGUCGUUCCGGGAGAUGUAGCUGCAUGGACUCAUGUUGUUGGGCUAUUGGUUAUCUAUGUACGGCUUGGUGGCUCCUUCUCUUUCUCUACCACUCGGUUCCUGUCCCGGCUAUGCUACAAGCUCCUGAGUCUCCGGGGACUAGGUUGAGUCGAGAAGGUGUUAAGGCGCUUCAUCCGGUGAUUCUUGUUCCGGGGAUUGUAACCGGAGGGCUCGAGCUUUGGGAAGGUCGUCCUUGUUCUGAAGGGCUCUUUCGUAAACGUCUUUGGGGUGCUAGCUUCACUGAGGUUCUUAGAAGGCCAUUGUGCUGGUUGGAGCAUUUAUCUCUGGACAGUGAGACUGGUCUCGACCCACCAGGAAUCCGGGUCCGAGCAGUCCCAGGACUGGUGGAUGCAGACUAUUUCGCACCGUGCUACUUUGCUUGGGCAGUUCUCAUAGAGAGUUUGGCAAAAAUUGGAUAUGAAGGCAAAAACAUUCAUAUGGCUUCUUAUGAUUGGAGACUCUCUUUCCAUAACACUGAGGUACGUGACCACUCAUUAAGUAGGCUAAAGAGUAAAAUCGAGCUAAUGUAUGCCACAAAUGGAUAUAAUAGAGUAGUGGUGGUUCCGCAUUCGAUGGGAGCUAUCUAUUUCCUUCACUUCCUUAAAUGGGUUGAAACACCUCUUUCUGAUGGAGGCGGUGGUGGCGGUCCAGGUUGGUGUGCCGAACACAUCAAAGCCGUUGUCAACAUUGGACCUGCUUUUUUAGGUGUCCCUAAAGCCGUCAGUAAUUUGCUUUCCGCUGAGGGAAAAGAUAUCGCUUACGCCAGAUCUUUGGCGCCGGGUCUCUUAGACUCGGAACUUCUUAAGCUGCAAACACUCGAACACCUUAUGCGGAUGUCACAUAGCUGGGAUUCAAUAGUUUCUUUAUUACCAAAAGGUGGUGAGGCAAUAUGGGGAGAUCUGGAUUCAUACACUGAAGAAGACCACAAUUGUAUUUACUCCAAGAGAAAAUCAUCGCAACUAUCAAUAAAUAAUCUAAAUAGACGAAAUGACAGCGUUAGACCGGAGUCUUGGGUGAAAGAACCCGCAAAGUACGGAAGAAUCAUAGCUUUCGGAAAACAAGCAUCCGAACUGCCUUCCUCACAACUAAAUACUCUUAACAUAAAGGAACUGUCAAGAGGAGACGGUACUUCAAAUGAGACCACAUCAUGUGGAGAGUUUUGGUCAGAGUACAAUGAAAUAAGCCGAGAAAGCAUAGUUAAAGUAGCAGAAAACACAGCUUACACAGCCACCACUGUUUUUGAUCUUCUCCGGUUUAUAUCCCCUAAGAUGAUGAAACGAGCUGAGGCUCAUUUCUCACACGGCAUUGCUGAGGAUCUUGACGAUCCUAAGUAUGGACACUAUAAGUACUGGUCCAAUCCACUCGAGACCAAAUUACCGGAUGCACCAGAGAUGGAGAUGUACUGUCUUUACGGAGUAGGAAUUCCGACCGAGAGAUCUUACAUAUACAAGCUCGCAACCUCAUCGGCUAAAUACAAGAGCAGCAUUCCUUUCCGGAUAGAUGGAUCGGUGGAUGGAGAUGAAGUUUGUCUUAAAGGAGGAACUCGGUUUGCGGAUGGAGACGAGAGUGUACCGGCGAUAAGUGCGGGGUUUAUGUGUGCAAAGGGAUGGAGAGGGAAAACACGGUUUAACCCGUCGGGGAUGGAGACAUUUGUGCGGGAAUAUAAACACAAGCCACCAGGAAGUCUAUUGGAAAGUCGAGGAACGGAAAGCGGAUCUCAUGUAGACAUAAUGGGUAAUGUUGGACUCAUUGAAGAUGUUUUGAGGAUUGCUUCUGGAGCUUCAGGUCAUGAGAUUGGUGGUGAUAGAGUUUACUCAAAUUUGAUGAAGAUGUCAGAGAAGAUUAGCAUCAAGUUGUGAUAUAACAUAACUAGGAACGUAACCAAUUUUUGGCCUUGUAAAAAAUAAUGUAAAUAAGAAAUCUCUUCGUUUUCGUUACUAAGUUCUUAGUUUACUUUCUAA